AUGCGGAGCAAAACCAAAAGUGGCGUGGCCGCCAGAGCGUUACGUGAAUCUCCUCACCAUCCCCAUUGCCUUGAAGGAGAAACCCUAAUUCAUUUGCUCAAAGCAAUCCAAAGGGAGAUUGAAUCUGCCAGAGCUGCUGACACUGCUUUGCCUAUUAAAUUUUGGAUUAAGCAACAAUUUGCAGUGGGAGUUAAUGAAGUCACGCGUGCGCUUGAGCGGAUGCCCCCGAAUCAUACGAGGACUGAUGUUUCCUUAGAAGAGUGUAGUUUGAAGAGUGGUGAUGAUAGCUGCAAAGCUCCUUGCGCGCCUCUUCAGGCAAUACUAUUAGCAUCCGACUGCAACCCUCGAUGGCUGACUAAACAUUUGCCAGCAUUGGCUGCUUCAAGGAAUGUACCCCUUAUCUUUUUAAAAGAUAGAAAGGAAGGUUCGUUAAGAUUAGGGGAGCUCGUGCAACUGAAAACGGCCAUAGCCAUUGGAAUAAAGGUUAAAGGAAAUGCAGUGAAUCGAGUAAUUAAUGAGGCCCUUGUUGCUUACAAGAUGGAUAAGCCGAUCUCCUUGGAUUUGUAA